AAGGAAAAAACACACACAACCUCCUUCCUCCCCUUCCUUCGGGGAGGGAAGAGAGCGAGAGCGUGAAGAGGAAAAUGUAGCUAUCUGAAACAGAGCGAGGGACAGUGAGAGAAAUAUAUAUAUAUGAGUGGGAGAGGGAGAAGAAGAAGAAGGAGGAGGAGGAGAAGAAGAAGGAGGGGGAGCAAAUUAAAAGUUGCCAAAUGGAGAUAUUGAGUUUCAAGAGGAGUGAGACAGGAGUGUCAUGGAUGAUGAAGACGAUCGCCAUCUUCUGGAUUUUAUAGGAAAUGUGCCUGAUUUGAAUGACUGUCUUCAUGGCUCCAGUAAUAAAUCGUUAGACGAGGAUGACCUUGCAAACACAACAUAUGGGUCUGCAGGCUCCUUUUUUGCGAAUGAUACAGGCGGCUCAGACGAUGGGCUUAAAGAUGGGCACGGCCACCUGGAAGAGUUUGGUGAGAGUGGUGGAGCUGGACUUCAGCUGUCCAGCAGUCUUCAGUUCAUUGAAGAUGAACUUGAGGGAGAUGUAUCCCCCAGUGAUCUUGAUCUUGGUGGAGAGGACCAACCAUUUGACAUUCUUCAGAAGUCAUUGCUGGAGGCAGAUAUUACAGAGCAGACAUUGGCUCAAGAGGCCUUGUUGGACUCCCAGCCCACUAUGGCCCCUGUCACUACCACCUACCCUCAACAGCUGGUCUCUGGGGGAUUUGGUGGUGUUACAGGAGCUGGAGUAAUGGCCCCAUUGCCCCUUGCUGGGGCACAACCUCAGGCUUUUAUCCAACAAGUUCCCCAGUUGCCACUGGCAAACGGACCAGCAGGACAUAUUCAGUUAGUGGGUUCAUUUAAUGGAGGUGCUCCAUCUAUGAUGACUAUUAACAGCCUAGAGCGACCUCAAAUCCUUUUGAGGCCUGGAACAAAUGCAAUGACGAACAGUACUGGUCACGGUGCAGCUUUCGGCCCUUCUGCACCUGGACAGGUGUCAGUUCCCUUCAAUAAAGGUGCAAUACCGUUGCAAAAUAUUAUCAUUCAAAGGGGCCCUGCACCACAGACAUUUGUAAGGCCCAUUCAGCCCAAGCCCCUUCAGACAGGUGGACAAGCUGUUUAUAAUAUCACUAACAUAGGAAUCCAGCCCAACAGCACUACUGCUACUGCAAAUCCAGCCAAUAUCGCAUACACGGCCAAUGGGUCUCCUCAGACAUCCCAACAAUUGAAAGUAGUAAGUCAAGGCACCAGCAUUGUAGUGCAUUCUCCACUAGGACAGCAAGGACAACCACAGACUCAGGGGCAGUUUUUACUACCCAGUUCCCUGGCACUCAGCACUGGCAACACUGUCCCUGGCUUCCAGGCAGUGAAUGGCCAGGUUCUUCAAACAAACACACAAGUAGGUGACCCAUCUUUAACUAGCACUACUACCUACUCCAUCUUGACCAACCAGAAUGCUGCAGUACAGAUAAUUUCUGGGCAGAAUUUUGCAGCUGGGGGACAACUUCUAGUGAACCAAGGAAUGGUUAAUGCAAGUCAGAUAGGGCAAGCCUCUCCCACAGCUGUAGUGCAGGUCUCCCAAAGGCCAGGUGUCGCAGGCAAAGUGUGGACUGCCAAAGCAUCGCCCAGUCCAGCAGCUUUACAGACAUCCCAGGGCCCAAGCCGUCUUACCAUGGUUAACCCUGGGGCCCAGGCAUUUCAGGCACACCAGCAGCUAUCUGUCAACACAGGACCACGGCUUUUAGUACCUGUGGCCCAGAACACCACAAACUCUAUAAAUGUUGCCGGUCAAGAGCUGCAGUGUGAAAAACAGCAGGUGCCCCUCAACCAGGACUCAACAUUAUCAACACGGGCAGGGCAGACACAGCUGGUUAAUCUUCUUGGUACCAAAGGUGUGAAAACGCUAACUCCUGCUAACCAGGAUUCUGUCCUUACAUCCACUCCGAAGAGACCUGCAACUCAGCAGCUCACUAGAGGAGGAAUGAUCCUCCAGCAGCUAAGAAGGGAUCAUACCGGAGUGAUGUCUCCAGACCGUGCACCCUUUACAUCACUGAAUGAUGUCAUUGAAAGAUUGCUUCCCUAUCACGUGUUUCAAGGAGCACCACCUUGCGAGGAGGAUUUCACCAAAGUGGAUGAAGAAUUUCAGGCAGCUGCUACACAAGUGCUGAAAAGAACACAAGCCAUGGUGAACAAAUACAGACGCUUGCUCAUGGUGGAGGCAGAGCGGUUUAGCCCAUCAUCAGAAAUAGUGAUGAUUGACAGGACCUUUAACCAAGAAGAGAGGAAUACCCUGACCCAGGACAAACGAACGGUACUUGUAGAUCCAGAUGGCUUCCUAGAGGACUUCUGCUGUGGUCCUAAAAAGAAGACUUUAAGCUCAGGGGCUACAGAUUCACUUCCCAACGAAGAUUUCCCCAGUUUAAUGGGGACAUCUCCCUGCCAAGACAUGACCUCUAAUGAAGAUAGUGAUGAAGAGGGGAGGAGUAUACAUAUGGAGCCGGCUUAUAGGACAGAACCCUACUCGGCUUUUGAGGAUCCAGGGGGUGGGAAACAGGUGGAACAUGGAGGAACUUCCAUUAAAAUCACCAUAGACUUGAAGAAAAAGCGGUCCAAUAACUUUCUCUGCAGUAGCAGUGAAUCCCACCAACACCUUCAUCAUGCUCCAUACUCCACAUCCCCCAGCCCCUCACACUCUGACCAGCUCUAUCCUCCUGAACAGCCCAUGUCCUCAGAUCAUGGUCAUGUCUCGUUGGCCGACACAGACUCAGUGCUUGAAGCUGCAGUCAACAGCAUAUUAGAAUGUUAGUGCCAUAUUUUUCUGUUUGUUGGUUUUUGUUUUGUGUAUGUGUGUGUUUAACAGAUCAGAUUUCACGCCAUCACAGUGACUGUACGAGUUGAAUCCAGUGAUGUGUGAGAUUGGAAAAUGCACUUCAGCAGAACAAGGGUUUGUGCACAAAGUGUACAUUUAGGGGAGUGGUAAUUAAGGAAGAAAAUAAUUAGACUGAUGGUAGUGAUGCUAUAUUGUGCCUAUCGUUCCAGAAAUGUUCACGUUAGAAAGCCUUGUUUUACAAUGCAAACACACGUACGCACACAUGCUACGAGGCAGGGAUGUCUGAAAUGUUAUAGAAAAACAAACUGAUACUAAAAUCUGUAGCUCUUACUAAACAAUACUAAACAGCCCUAUUCAUAGAUCUGCUUUUUCAAGCAUCAGAUUAGCCUAUUCCACUGUCUGUAGAGGCUUCUGUAUCUUAUCCCAUUAUGUGAUAUGAUUCUCACAUAGCGUAGCUAGCAUUGUGGGCUGGUGGGGGCUAUUGUGUUCCUCAGUGACAAUUUGCCAGUUACUUUAAUCCUUUUAAGAUGCACACAAGGUACCUAGUUUUAGACCUGCAACACCAUAGAUAGCCCACAAUUGGCCAGCAUCAAUUGAAGUUGAGACCUUUUAACCAUAUUCACAAGUUAAGAGCCAAGAAAAUUAUAAUCAUUGUAUUUUAGUCAUUGUAGUUGAAUACUAGGCUUCAGAUGUGUCUGGAAAAGCAGCUUUUUUGCAGGACUUUCUUGCACUUACGCCUAUACACCCUCUAAUAAAUAGCUUGUUGCAGUAGGUUUUAAUCAAAAGAGGUUAUACAGGCACGUUUCUUUGAUUUAAAGCAGUGGUAUUCAACCUUGGCCACUAUACAGUUGUGUGUUCUCCUGCCUUUACAUUCCUGAUUCAGUUCUAGAAGGGCUCAGAUAUUAGCUAAUGAGUGAAUCAGAUGGAAACCCAAAACUGUACAGUCUAGCUAAGGGAAUUGAGUGCCGGUGUAUUUCUUUUAUUUAGCAUUUAGUUUUGUACCUUACAGGUAUGUGACCUUCUCUCCUCAUAAAUAAGCUCAUUCUGAGUGGUUUUGUGCAGGAGAAACUUUAAAGUCCUCAGAUUGAGGGUACAAAUGUUACUUUUUCUUUUUAAAUCUUCCUUUUGUUUAAAGAUUUUGUUUAGUCUGUGCUACUCCUAGCUCCUAAACUUCUAUUGUGAACCGUACUGGGUGAGCCCACAGAGAGAUACAGUCAAAUACAUUCAAAAUUUACCUUGUGGAUGGUGUCCCCUGCUGGUCAGGCUAUGCUCUCUCAGUGACAGCUGGUUUUCAGUCUCAGUAGCAGCUAACAUUUGAACAUGCUCAUAAUUUUGUCUAUUUUAGAUAGCCCUGUUUCCUGUAGCCAGUAGUUCUCUUAUAGAGGAGUUUGAGAAAGAUUGGCUUUUUGGUCUCCACAACCUUUUUUUUUUUUUGUUACCUAAGAAUAUAGAGCAAAGCCAUAAUCCGUAAUUUGAAAUCUGGUUUGUAUGUAUAUUUAUAUAUUUGCAUUAAUUCUCAAAAAUAAUGCAAAAUCAUAAAUUGUCAAGUCUUAGUAUUUUCAGAAAAUAAUACAACAAACUGUUUGGAUCUGUUAACCGCAUGAGUUUGAUACAGGAAAACAAUGGCUUUUAGCAUUUUAGUGGUUUGUUGCACUGCAAUUCUUUAUUAUGGCUUUAUUCCUUUAAGCUUAAAUCAGACAGUUUAUUGGUAAGAGUCAGACCAGCGCAAUGUUUAAUAUUAUCUGAUGAAGGGUGAUUUAAGUAUAUGUACAUGAUCACGCCAGCAGUUCAAUGCUGAAAUGUUGCUUGUUUGCAUCUGGAACAUCUGUUUUGUUAGUCAUCAGCAACACUACACACCCAUGUCUUUCCCAGCAGUUCAACCAAAAAUAAUGGACAGAAUAAGUUCUAUAUAUCUGUAUAACUAUUGCGUGAACUAAGCUGUUGUUUAUAUGUGUGUGUGUAAGUGUGUGUGUGGAGGGGGUUCUCUCUGAAGACCUUUUUGUUUGAAGGGCUUCUUUGCCUUAGGAGAGUGUAUGUGAAAACACAGAUUUAAAUAUUUUUUAUUUUACUGUGUGAGUGUGGCCUUCACUUAAAACCCACUGGUUAUAAAAUGAAGUUAUGUUCCCCAGUCUUUGAACAUUUCAUUUUCUACAUUAUUCAGUUUAUUUGUAACAUUUGUUUUAUAUAAAAAUGUAAAAGUGAAACACAAAAUAUUUAUAAUUUUUGUAAAGAAAAGAAUGCAAAAAUGAAACAAAAAGGAAGUUUUUUUUUUAUUAUUAUUUUGGUUAUACCACGUUUGUCAAAUUGAAAUAUAUGGUCAGCUCUUGAUUACUCUCUUUUUGUUCACUACAGCAAAGAUCAAUCAAUAUUAAAUUCAUUUGGAAUACAGUAGUACCUCA